AUGCUGAGCGGCAGCCGCUACAAUGGGCCCCGGGAAAUAAUGCGGGGCUCGGAGAUGUACAUCAGCCCCAGGGAAGGUGCAGGCACGUACCUAUUGCACAGUGCAGAACUCAAGACGGCGAUAGACAACUGUGGAUGCGCACACGCACACCCGCGCACCCCGCAGCACCCCUCGGCGGGCUUUGCCCCACACUUCCCCGUGCCGCCCCCCGCCCCCCGCACAGCGCAGCGCCUGGGUGACGGGGUCAGGCGUGGCGGGAGCGGGGGAGCGGGAGGUGAAGAGCAGCAGCGGGCUCGGGGCUGGCUGCGGCUGCUCGCUGGGCUGAGCGGCUGUGCCCAGAGGGCGGAGUUCCCGCACGCUGCUGCCUCACCGGAGAACCUGCCCUCGGCGCAGCGCUCCGCAACCGGGACCCCACCGCCACCGCCCUCCCCGCGCCGCUCCGUGUGGACCCGCGUCCUCCUCCGCUCGGGGAACCGGGAGGUUUUAGUUCCUUUAUUAACGCUUUGCCGCUGCUCCGCUGGCACCGACGCCGGAGAAAACACCACCCGCCAGGAGCGGGGCUGCGUCCGUUCUCGGAGCCGCAGGAGAAGCUGCGGGCGGCGGGGGACGGACGCUUCGUCGGCUGCGGGUAUUUUCCGUGGCGGCCGUUCCGAGGGGGGCUCCGCUUCAUCACAGUUUUCUCAGCUUCGGCAGCUCUGGCGCGACCGUCCCGCCGGCGAGAGAUCACUGAAGGCAAACAUCGAAUUAAUUGGAUCUUGGUGUCUGAGACUGGUAACAGUGUAUUGAAUGGAGUUAUCUGCCACAAUGCCCAGGUGUCUGCCAGAAUGUCAGGCUGUUCUAGACCAGCUCAUUUUCAGAUGUGUCCUCUGACAACACCAUGUUAAGUGAAACGGGGCAAGACCACCCCAGCUGGAAACCUGAACGUUUCAGAAGUUUUUCAAAAAUUUCUUCAUAACGUGGUUCCAUUUAAUAUUCGAUUUUUCAAACGAAUGUGACAUCAAAUGGCAAGACAAAAUGCAUUAAUUCCUGGACUAUAGGCAUAAUCGGGACCCAGUACAAUGUCCAGUGAUACAGAUGGGAAAUCUACCUUUGGUACCAGUGGGAUUGGCAUCUGGCCCUUUAUGACACACAGGAUAGGACUAUGCAGGUAGCUUUAAUUUCACGCCGAUCUCCAGUGCUUGUAACAUUAAUUAAACAUUGAAUUAAAAUGUAGAAUUAAACUGAGUUAGUACCAAUGCAGUUUUCUUCUGGGUCUUAGCAGCAAUCUAGUGGGUAUUAGGAAUGAAUUCUUGUUCCUAAGCACAGCAAAAUCACCUCUGGUAUGCUCCUCUGAGAGCGGUGUUAGAAAGAAAAGAGGGAGAAGGAAAGAGAGAAAGAGAGGGAAAAAAAGAUCCUUCACCCGCAGAAUUGGAUAGUAGAUCUACAACUAAUGAGCCAUGAGGUCAUAUAUCAGUAUUUAACACGUAUCUGACACGUCCUGCGCAUUCCCAGCGCGGCUUUGUUCAGGCAGUAUGACUCGAAGCACGGACCGGUGCGGACGGGGCUGGCUGUCGGGAGGAGAUGCACUGCUCCUGGGGCACGAGGGUCUCCCUCGGCUCUGUGGGCGAGAGCAGCGGGGAGGGUAGAGGGAAACGGACGACAAAGGCGAGAGGUGAACUGCCAGCCCGGUGGGGCAGGGCUCAUCCUAGGGCUGGGAAACGGCCCCGUCCCACCGCAGGAAUAGUGCCGUCCUAGCGCAAUGCCAUUUUAUCCGCGCAAAAUGGGCACGGGGGAUAGCAGAGACCUAUCAGUCUGCUGCUGUAGUUGUGCUAAUAAAUAAACCUUCUCGAUGUUUAAAACACUCUAUCUGUCACAUUCAUAAGAUAGGUACUGUAAAUUCCUGUUACAAAUAUACAAACAGAGAUCCAAGAGGUUGCCUCUGUUUUUGUAUCUCUCUCUUACAAGAAAUGCACUAUCAAAACAUUAAUUAUAUUUGAAAGGGAGCAGAUUA